AUGGUCAUUGUCUCCAUGGGGGUUGUGAUGAUGUCUCAGAUGUGGAUGCUGAGAUGGGUCGUCCUACUGAUGGGGCUCCAGCUGACACAAGCAGAUAACGUAGAGGGCCACACAGUGACAGUGUUUCCUAGGAUCAUAACUACAGUUGUACCAAAUCCUGACCAUCAGUUCACGAUCUGUAGCACAUGGGGAAAUUUCCACUUCAAGACCUUUGAUGGGCAUUUCUUUCAAGUGCCAGACACGUGCAACUACAUUGUGGCUGGUUUGUGCAACAGCAAGGACCAUUCUGAUUUUAACAUUGAAAUUCAAAGAAAGAUUGUAAAUAACUCAGUCACUUUCAGCAAAAUCACAGUAAAACUGCUGGAGACAGUCAUUGAACUCACCAACAACAAUAUCCUCAUGGACAAAGAAGUGUUGUAUAAUGCAACGCAUAAGAAUGGAAUUACAGUCAAGUUGAGUGCAUCAGGUGUUAAGAUCUUUAACAAUCAUGGAGUUAAUGUCUUUUGGGAGAAGGACCAAUCUUUAUUGAUUGAACUUCCGGAAAAGUACCGAAGCCAGACCUGUGGACUUUGUGGAAACUACAAUGGCAACAAGACUGAUGAUUCAUUUAACAAUGAUAUGGCUACGUGGAAAGUGAAUCAGUUGGAAGACUGUGAGGACAACACAUUUAAUUCUAAUGAUCAGUGCCAAAACCAGACAAACAUUUGCCAGCAGUAUCUCAGGAGUCCGGGGUUUAAUGACUGUUACAGGGUGAUGGACAUGAGUUCAUUUGAAAAAGCCUGUGAAGACGACCUGUGUCGGUGUUACGGCAAUCAAGACUGUCUCUGCAACACACUCACAGAGAUUUCACGACAGUGCACUCAUGCUGGAGGAAAACCAGAAACAUGGAGGACAGAACAGCUCUGUCCAAAGACAUGUCCUCUGAAAAUGCAAUACCUGGAGUGUGGGAGUCCAUGCAAGAACACCUGCUCAGGUCCAGAUGCAGGCAAACUGUGUAAAGAACACUGUGUGGAUGGCUGUUUCUGCCCUAUUGGUAUGGUUGAGGAUGACAUUGGACAGAGUGGCUGUGUUCCUGUGAAUGAAUGUCCUUGUGUGCACGACGGCAAAGUAUAUCAAUCAGGAGUAUCUUACAAACAAGCUUGCAAACAAUGUGUGUGUGCCGCUGGACGCUGGACUUGUACAUACCUGGAAUGUCCCGGAAUCUGCUCUGUUGUUGGAGGGUCUCACAUCACCACUUAUGAUGGAAAGACCUUCACCUUCAGUGGCAACUGUGACUACAUCCUCACUAAGCACUCUAAUGACAGUGACAUUGCGGUUUUGGGAAAUCUGGCACAGUGUGAUUGGGCCCGAUCAGACACAUGUCUAAAUUCAGUUACCCUUGUCAUCUCAGGGACCACUAUUAGUUUUUCCUCCAAUGGUGUUGUGACACUGAAUGAAAACAGACUAUAUAAACUUCCUGCGACCACAGGUCCUGUGAGCAUCUUCCAGCCCUCUUCCUCUUUCAUCAUUGCUGAUAUGAAGAGUCUUCGUCUAGAGAUCCAGUUGGCUCCAGUCAUGCAGUUGUAUAUUGUAGCCAGCACUGACGAGAAAGGAAAGAUGAGUGGUCUAUGUGGAAACUAUAAUGAUGUCCAAUUAGAUGACUUCAAAACAGAGUCGGGCAUCAUAGAGGGCACACCAAUACCCUUUGUCAACUCUUGGAAAAACCUAAACUGUCCAAAUCUUGAAAACACAUUUGACAACCCCUGCAGUCUGCAUUCGGAGAUAGAGAAAGUAGCUAAAAACUGGUGUUCCCGUCUUACAAACUCAAGUGGACUCUUUUCCGCAUGUCAUUCAGAAAUAUCUCCUGACAUUUACUACCAAUGGUGUGUCUAUGACACCUGCAAAUGUGCAGAUAUUACGAAGUGUAUGUGUGCCGCCGUGUCCAACUAUGCCCACGCCUGUGCUGCCAGAGCAGUCAUUCUCCAGGGCUGGAUGGAUUCUGACCCCUGUGUGACUAUGUGUACAGACAAAAUGAAGUUCUCCUAUGGCGUGACCAGCUGUGGCAGCACAUGCCGCUCUCUUAGUGGACAAGAUGGCACCUGCCAAGGGUCCUUCACACCUGUAGAUGGUUGUGUCUGUCCUGAGAAUACCUACCUCAAUGAUGACAGUAGAUGUGUGACUGCUGACCAGUGUCCUUGUUUCAGUGGCAACCAGGUCAUAAAGCCAUCAGGAAUAAUCUACAAUAAUGGUGUUAAAUGCACCUGUAACCGUGGCAAAUUACAAUGCUCCAGUCAAGUAGACUGUGUGGAUUCAAUGGUGUUCUUCAACUGCUCAAAUUAUGAACAAGGACACAAAGGGGCGGAGUGUCAGAGGACAUGUGAGAAACAAGACCCCAACAGUUGUGUAAGUACAGGGUGUGUAUCAGGGUGUAUGUGUCCAGAUGACCUUCUGGCUGAUGGAGAAGGUAGGUGUGUGGAGAGGAAAAACUGCACAUGUGUCCAUAAUGGACUCAUCUAUCCACCUGGAAAGCAAGUUCAAGAGGACUGUAACACCUGCACAUGCAAAAAUGGGACGUGGACUUGUACUGAAAAGGUGUGCUACGGCACCUGUACCAUCUACGGUGAAGGUCAUUUCAGGACUUUUGAUGGCACAAGAUACUCCCUCUACAGAGAAUGCGAACACACCAUAGCCCGUGAUAAUUGCAAUAUGAACCAGACUCUCUCCUUCAGCCUUGUCACACAGAACAAAAUCUGUGAGACCACCAAGACCAUCUGCAAGUCUAUCACUCUCUUAUUUGGGAGAUCUGAGAUAUUUUUAUCAGAGGAUGGAGUCAAAGUUGUUGAAAGAAAUGUCACUGAUUACCAAUAUAAGAUUCAUUCUGCUGGAAUAUAUAUUGUCACAGAGAUCAAAGGUCUUUUGAACUUAAUCUGGGACAAUAAAACAAGUUUAAUGCUCCAACUCGAUCCCAAAUUUAAGGGCAAGGUGUGUGGACUGUGUGGAAACUUUGAUGGUAAUGCAAACAAUGACUUUAUGAAGCACAAUGGAGAAGUGGUGACAGAUCCAGAAGAUUUUGGGGAUAGCUGGAAGAUGGAUCCCUACUGCCCAGAUCUGAAAAACAUGAUAUACCUUAAAGAAAACCAACACUGGAGUGUCUGGGCUGAAAAACAAUGCAGCAUCAUAACAAGUGAUGUCUUUAAAGACUGCCACGCACUUGUGGAUUCUGGUCCAUACUAUGAUGCCUGUGUAAGGGACACCUGUAAAUGUGAAGGUGGGAGUGAUGUAGGUUUCUGUACUGCAGUGGCAGCUUACGCUGCUGAAUGCCGUAAAAAAGGAGCUUGUGUGACAUGGCGGAGCCCAAGCAUAUGCCCUUUAUUCUGUGACUACUACAACCCUGUGGAAAUAUGUGAGUGGCACUAUAAACCCUGUGCACCACCCUGCCUGAUAACCUGCAAAAAUCCCUUGGCAUAUUGCUCUGAUCAAAUUCCUCUACUUGAAGGAUGUUUUCCAAAGUGCCCUGCACACACUCCAUAUCUACUGGAUGACACCAUGACUUGUGUUAAAGAAUGUAACACUACUACAAGUACAAUAAUAUAUACUAGCACUACUGUGACACCACCAUCUACAACAACAGGAACAUCUACUGCUAGCUCUACAACUACUACAGUGUCAACCACAAAUCCUACAACAACUAGCACAACUACUGUAACACCACCAUCUACAACAACAACAGGAACAACUACUGCUAGCACUACAACAAAUACAGUGUCAACCACAACUCCUACAACUACUACCACGACUACUGCAACACCACCAUCUACAACAACAGGAACAUCUACUUCUAGCUCUACAACUACUACAGUGUCAACCACAAAUCCUACAACAACUACCACGACUACUGUAACACCACCAUCUACAACAACAGGAACAUCUACUGCUAGCUCUACAACUACUACUACCGUGUCAACCACAACUCCUACAACAACUACUACCACUACUACUGUAACACGACCAUCUACAACAACAGAAACAUAUACUGCUAGCUCUACAUAUACCACAGUGUCAACAGUGUGCCAUGAUGAUCUAAUGCGUGUAGAAUGUUGCAACACAAUAACAAACACUACAACUCCCACAAUACCUACUACCACUACUACUGUAACACCGCCAUCUACAACAACAGGAACAUCUACUACUACCUCUACAACUACUACAACAACUAAAAGACCUUUGUGUCAAUGGUCAGAGUGGUUUGACAACAGCCAAGCCAGCACAGAUAGCCAAGGACAGGAAAUUGAAUCCAUCAGAAAAUUGUGGAAUGAGAAAAAAAUAUCCUGUGAGAAACCAGACAAAAUUGAAUGCAUGACAAAUUAUAGGAAUGAAAACUUCACAGGCACUGGCUGGAACUAUGAUCAAGUAGUAUGGUGCAAUACAUCUUAUGGACUGUUUUGUUCAAACAAAGAAAAUUCAUUAGAAGUAUGCUAUAAUCAUCUAAUCCGUGUAGAAUGUUGCAACACAAUAACAAAUCCUACAACUCCCACAAUACCUACUACCACUGCUACUGUAACAUCACCAUCUACAAUAACAGGAACAUCUACUACUACCUCUACAACUACUACAGCAACUAAAAGACCUUUGUGUCAAUGGUCAGAGUGGUUUGACAACAGCCGAGCCAGCACAGAUAGCCAAGGACAGGAAAUUGACUCCAUCAGAAAAUUGUGGAAUGAGAAAAAAAUAUCUUGUGAGAAACCAAACAAAAUUGAAUGCAAGACAACAACAGGAACAUCUACUGCAAGCACUACAACAACUACAGUGUCAACCACAAAUCCUACAACAACUACCACGACUACUGUAACACCACCAUCUACAACAACAGGAACAUCUACUGCUAGCUCUACAACUACUACAGUGUCAACCACAAAUCCUACAACAACUACCACGACUACUGUAACACCACCAUCUACAACAACAGGAACAACCACUGCUAGCUCUACAACUAGUACAGUGUCAACCACAAAUCCUACAACAACUACCACAACUACUGUAACACCACCAUCUACAACAACAGGAACAUCUCCUGCUAGUACUACAACAAAUACAGUGUCAACCACAAAUCCUACAACAACUACCACGACUACUGUAACACCACCAUCUACAACAACAGGAACAACCACUGCUAGCACUACAACAAGUACAGUGUCAACCACAACUCCUACAACUACUACCACAACUACUGUAACACCACCAUCUACAACAACAGGAACAUCUACUGCUAGCUCUACAACUAGUACAGUGUCAACCACAAAUCCUACAACAACUACCACGACUACUGUAACACCACCAUCUACAACAACAGGAACAUCUACUGCUAGCUCUACGACUACUACAGUGUCAACCACAAAUCCUACAACAACUACCACGACUACUGUAACACCACCAUCUACAACAACAGGAACAUCUCCUGCUAGCACUACAACAAAUACAGUGUCAACCACAAAUCCUACAACAACUACCACAACUACUGUAACACCACCAUCUACAACAACAGGGACAUCUACUGCUAGCUCUACGACUACUACAGUGUCAACCACAAAUCCUACAACAACAACUACCACAACUACUGUAACACCACCAUCUACAACAACAGGAACAUCUCCUGCUAGCACUACAACAAAUACAGUGUCAACCACAAAUCCUACAACAACUACCACGACUACUGUAACACCACCAUCUACAACAACAGGAACAACCACUGCUAGCACUACAACAAGUACAGUGUCAACCACAACUCCUACAACUACUACCACAACUACUGUAACACCACCAUCUACAACAACAGGAACAUCUACUGCUAGCUCUACGACUACUACAGUGUCAACCACAAAUCCUACAACAACUACUGUAACACCACCAUCUACAACAACAGUAGCAUCUACUACUAGCUCUACAACUAGUACAGUGUCAACCACAAAUCCUACAACAACUACCACAACUACUGUAACACCACCAUCUACAACAACAGGAACAUCUCCUGCUAGUACUACAGCAAAUACAGAGUCAACCACAAAUCCUACAACAACUACCACGACUACUGUAACACCACCAUCUACAACAACAGGAACAUCUACUGCUAGCUCAACGACUACUACAGUGUCAACCACAAAUCCUACAACAACUACCACGACUACUGUAACACCGCCAUCUACAACAACAGGAACAUCUACUGCUAGCUCUACGACUACUGCAGUGUCAACCACAAAUCCUACAACAACUACCACGACUACUGUAACACCACCAUCUACAACAACAGGAACAUCUACUGCUAGCUCUACGACUACUACAGUGUCAACCACAAAUCCUACAACAACUACCAAAACUACUGUAACACCACAAUCUACAACAACAGGAACAUCUCCUGCUAGCACUACAACAAAUACAGUGUCAACCACAAAUCCUACAACAACUACCACGACUACUGUAACACCACCAUCUACAACAACAGGAACAUCUACUGCUAGCUCUACGACUACUACAGUGUCAACCACAAAUCCUACAACAACUACCACAACUACUGUAACACCACCAUCUACAACAACAGGAACAUCUCCUGCUAGCACUACAACAAAUACAGUGUCAACCACAAAUCCUACAACAACUACCACGACUACUGUAACACCACCAUCUACAACAACAGGAACAACCACUGCUAGCACUACAACAAGUACAGUGUCAACCACAACUCCUACAACUACUACCACAACUACUGUAACACCACCAUCUACAACAACAGGAACAUCUACUGCUAGCUCUAUGACUACUACAGUGUCAACCACGAAUCUUACAACAACUACUGUAACACCACCAUCUACAACAACAGGAACAUCUACUGCUAGCUCUACGACUACUACAGUGUCAACCACAAAUCCUACAACAACUACUGUAACACCAUCAUCUACAACAACCGAAUGUUUCUGCAUAUAUGAAAAUAAACAAUACCCAGUGGGAUCAACAAUCAGCCCUCUACAGGAUGAAUGCUACACUGCUUAUUGCAACUCCUCUUGUUAUAUUGUAAAAAAGAUUAUAUAUGACAACCACGUGACAGAUGCAUGCACUGUGUUAACAUGCAAAAAUGGAAAAGUCACCCCGGAACGUGUACUUUGUGAACCAAUAACUACAAAACCUCAAUGUGAUAAUGGGCUUGAUCCCGUGAAGGUUUAUUAUAACAAUGGCUGCUGCUAUAAGUAUGAGUGUGAAUGUUUCUGUACGACCUGGGGUGACCCUCAUUACAGAACUUUUGAUGGACAAUACUAUACUUUCCAUGGAAACUGCACUUAUGUUUUGUUCCAAGAAAUCAUCCCAAGAUACAAUAUCAGUGUCCAUGUCAAAAACUACUAUUGUUAUGUUGAAGACCUUUUUGCUUGCGUUGAGUAUGUGAUUGUGUAUUACAAAUCCUACAAAGUCAAGCUGACCAGCGAUAAGGAAGUGAUCCAUGUCUAUGUUAAUGAUGAAGAGCAGAAGCCAACAUAUGUAAUUGAUAACAUCAUCAUCUCCACUACUGGCAUGAAAGUGACUCUGAACAUCUCUGAUAUCAAAACUGAGAUUACAGUCAGUAAAGGCAGAUAUUUAAAUAUCCAAAUCAGACUCCCAUUCUCCUACUUCCAUGAUAAUACACAAGGACAGUGUGGGUAUUGUGACAACAACAUCAGAAAUGACUGCAGACUUCCUAAUGGAACAAUCAACAGUACAUGUGAGCAGAUGGCACAGUUUUGGAUGGUCCCCCCAGGAUGUGAAUUACCUCCACCUCCUGGUGUUCCACCUCCUCCAGCUAACCCUCCAAACAUUACUGUCUGUGAAAUAAUCCCAAGCAAUUUGUUUAACAGCUGCCAUAAUGCGGUUCCCUAUCAGGACUAUUAUAAGGCAUGUGUAUAUGAUGUAUCCGGAAUGGGAAAUGAGUCUGUUGCCUGUGCUAGUGUGGAGGCCUAUGCACAGCUAUGUGGCCAAAAGUCUAUCUGUGUGGACUGGAGAAGCUCACCUGUCCUCAAAGGGAUAUGUGAAUUCAAGUGCCCCAAUCACAAAAUCUACAAGGCAUGUGGACCAAAAGUGGAAAAAUCCUGCAGUACAUCGUACAAUAAUAUGUAUGCAGAGAAAGAAUGUCACAGCAAUGAUUGUAACCAAAUGAUAACGGAAGGUUGUUAUUGUCCUGAUGGCCAAUAUCGGGUUAAUAUGACAUCAAAUAUGUGUACAGCUUACUGCGAUUGCAUUGGCCCUGAUAAUUUACCUAGAAAGCCUGGGGACACAUGGACAGUUGAUUGUAACAUAUAUAAUUGCACUACUUCUGGCAUUCCUUUGAAAGAGCCUGUAAAGUGUCCAACUGAAAUGCCCUGUGCUGACGGAUACAACAGAACUGUUAAAAACUGCUGUCCAACUUGUGUUUGCAAUCUUGAGCAAUGUCUUAUGAAGAAAUGUGAGGUGGGAUUUGAGUUGGCAUUAAAUAAAACUGAAGACAGUUGCUGUUCUUGUGUGCCUAAAGAUGUCUGUGUGUACAAUAACACAGAGUACAAGGUUGGAGAAGUCCGCCAUUUCACAUGUGAAACUAUUACUUGCCGUCAAAUUAACGGCUCCUUUGUGACUGAGAAGAGCUCUGAGAAGUGCACUUACUCGGGUCCAUUUGACUGUAAACUUGGCUCUGAAUAUGUGAAACAAAAAGAAGACUGCUGUGGAACGUGUGUACUGAAGAACUGUACUUACACAGCAGACACAGCAGACAACACCACAUAUACGAUGCGGGUUGGAGAAGUCCACGUUUAUAAAUGUGAAAAUGUUACCUGUCGUGAAAUUGAUGGCUCACUUGUGACUGAGAAGAGCUCUGAGAAGUGCACUGUCUUGAGUCCACUUGAAUGUAAACUUGGCUCUGAAUAUGUGAAACAAGAAGAAGACUGCUGUGGAACAUGUGUACCAAGAAACUGUACUUACACAGCAGACAACACCACAUAUACGAUGCGGGUUGGAGAAGUCCACAUUUAUAAAUGUGAAAAUGUUACCUGUCGUGAAAUUGAUGGCUCACUUGUGACUGAGAAGAGCUCUGAGAAGUGCACUGUCUUGAGUCCACUUAAAUGUAAACUUGGCUCUGAAUAUGUUAAACAAGAAGAAGACUGCUGUGGAACAUGUGUACCAAGAAACUGUACUUACACAGCAGACAACACCACAUAUACGAUGCGGGUUGGAGAAGUCCACAUUUAUAAAUGUGAAAAUGUUACCUGUCGUGAAAUUGAUGGCUCACUUGUGACUGAGAAGAGCUCUGAGAAGUGCACUGUCUUGAGUCCACUUGAAUGUAAACUUGGCUCUGAAUAUGUUAAACAAGAAGAAGACUGCUGUGGAACAUGUGUACCAAGAAACUGUACUUACACAGCAGACACAGCAGACAACACCACAUAUACGAUGCGGGUUGGAGAAGUCCACAUUUAUAAAUGUGAAAAUGUUACCUGUCGUGAAAUUGAUGGAUCACUUGUGACUGAGAAGAGCUCUGAGAAGUGCACUGUCUUGAGUCCACUUGAAUGUAAACUUGGCUCUGAAUAUGUUAAACAAGAAGAAGACUGCUGUGGAACAUGUGUACCAAGAAACUGUACUUACACAGCAGACAACACCACAUAUACGAUGCGGGUUGGAGAAGUCCACAUUUAUAAAUGUGAAAAUGUUACCUGUCGUGAAAUUGAUGGCUCACUUGUGACUGAGAAGAGCUCUGAGAAGUGCACUGUCUCGAGUCCACUUAAAUGUAAACUUGGCUCUGAAUAUGUUAAACAAGAAGAAGACUGCUGUGGAACAUGUGUACCAAGAAACUGUACUUACACAGCAGACACAGCAGACAACACCACAUAUACGAUGCGGGUUGGAGAAGUCCACGUUUAUAAAUGUGAAAAUGUUACCUGUCGUGAAAUUGAUGGAUCACUUGUGACUGAGAAGAGCUCUGAGAAGUGCACUGUCUUGAGUCCACUUGAAUGUAAACUUGGCUCUGAAUAUGUUAAACAAGAAGAAGACUGCUGUGGAACAUGUGUACCAAGAAACUGUACUUACACAGCAGACAACACCACAUAUACGAUGCGGGUUGGAGAAGUCCACAUUUAUAAAUGUGAAAAUGUUACCUGUCGUGAAAUUGAUGGCUCACUUGUGACUGAGAAGAGCUCUGAGAAGUGCACUGUCUUGAGUCCACUUGAAUGUAAACUUGGCUCUGAAUAUGUGAAACAAGAAGAAGACUGCUGUGGAACAUGUGUACCAAGAAACUGUACUUACACAGCAGACACACCAGACAACACUACAUAUACAAUGCGGGUUGGAGAAGUCCACAUUUACAAAUGUGAAAAUGUUACCUGUCAUGAAAUUGAUGGCUCGCUUGUGACUGAGAAGAGCUCUGAGAAGUGCACUUACACCAGUUCACUUGACUGUAAACCUUGCUUUGAAUAUGUGAAAGGAGAAGGAGAGUGCUGUGGAACAUGUAGACAAUCUUGCUGUAUUUACAAUGCACCAGACAACACCACACAUACUCUCCAGGUUCAAGAGGCGUACAAGUUUCAGUGCACAACUGGUACCUGCAAAGAAGUCAAUGGCUUGCUUGCGAUUGUGGAGAGCAUUAAAACAUGCCCUGACUUUAAUCGAAAUGACUGUGUGCCUGAAACAUUCAAAUUUGACACAGAUAGAUGUUGCCAGAUCUGUGAAACCGGGAACUGUAUUCCUGAGAAGAACAUCACCCGUCUGCAUGUCAAUGAUUGCUCUUCAAUCAAGGAUGUAGAAGUUGCAUCCUGCACUGGCCAAUGUGACUGUGUAAAUCGAUGUAUUCGAUGUACAUGAACGAUUUGAUGCACAGCUGUUCCUGCUGCCAGGAGGAGAAUUUCACCCUUCGACCGGUGAUGCUGAGGUGUACCAGAAUACCACUGAAUAAAAGAUCCUGCUUGAAUGCUGAUUUGAACAUGACUCAAUAAUCUGACAUACUAUAAUUUCAAAAUAUAUAUCCAAUAAUGGAAAUGAUUUAAGCUGAUUGUUACAGUGCAUUAAUGGCUGUUAUUUUGGCAAAUACUGCACCAUUUAUUUUUUUCUGUGUGGUUUGAUCUAGGCGUAUGGUUAACUCUAGUCUGUUUUGUUAUCUCUCAAAGGGGAUCCUGGGCAUUUUUUCUUUUAUUUGUUACACUCUUUGGUAAUGCAUGAGAUAAUGAUGUACUUUUCUUUCCAAUGAAUUUAAUUAAAAUCACAAUAAAGCAUA